UCGAACUGGACAGAAUCAUCUUGAUCUUUCAUUCUUCCUUUUUUCCAUACUUGAGAAUGAGAACGGCCGCCGUCCUCGUCGUCAUUGCCCUCGCCGCGAUCGCGCUGGCCGAGCACGCGCAUGCAGAGCGCAUGUAUCUCCGCAAGCACCGCCCUGCCAGCUCGUUCACCAGCCUGCAGCGCCGCCAGCUCGGCCUGGACGCACCGCGCUCGCUCGCCGCGUCCAAGCACGCCUCGCUCCUCGGUGCCGACGUCGGCGCCCAGCCCCUCGUCAACUACGACGAUGAGGUCUGGGUUGGCGACAUCUACCUCGGCACUCCGACUCAGGGUCCGUUCUCCGUCGUCUUCGACACUGGCUCUUCCGAUCUGUUUGUGCCGUCCGUGAACUGCGGCGGGGAGGCGUGCGCCAACAAGACCCGCUUCUCGGCCGUCAAGUCGAGCUCGUACAUUCCCAACGGCAAGCCCUUCUACGUCGUCUACGGCACUGGCUAUGUUGCCGGCACGGAGGGCAACGACACUGUUUCCGUCGGUGGCCUGCAGGUGCCCGAUGUCGCGUUUGGCGAGGCGGAUGUUCUGGCAAAGUUUUUUGAGAACGAGCCGCUCGAUGGCAUUCUUGGUCUGGCCUUCCAAGACAUUUCCACCGUCCACAACCCCACAGUUGCCGACCGCAUGGCGCAGACCGGCGUCAUCUCGUCGAACAUGUUCUCCUUCUACCUGUCCAGCACCGACGGCGACAAGACCUCGUUUGUCGAUUUCGGCCACAUUGACUCCAACUAUUACACUGGCAAGAUCACCUACGUCAACGUGUUCAUUUCGUCCUACUGGCUCAUUGGCAUGCAGAGCAUCUCGAUCAACGGCACCAAGGUCCACGACUGCGCCCUCGACUACUGCCUCGGUGUGAUCGACACUGGCACGAGCAUCAUUGCCCUGCCCUACGGCAACAAGGCCGUCGUUGACGCCAUCCCGCCGGUCUUUGCCAACUGCACCAACAUUGCCACUUUGCCCACGCUGACCUUCACCCUCGGCGGCCAUCCGUUUGAUCUCUCGCCCGAGUACUAUGUCAUCCGUGACACUUCCACCGGCACCCCGCAGUGCGUCCUUGGCAUUGAGGUUCUUGUUGAAACGACUCCGUUUUACAUUCUUGGCGAUCCCUUCCUCCGCGCCUACUUCUCAGUGUACGACAAGUCUACCACUCCUCCUCGUGUCGGUCUGGCUCCUUCUCGCCACCCUUAAACCGAAAGGCGCACGUCGCUGUCCUAGCGCCGCCCGGUCGAUGCCGCAUUGAUUUUGACACAGGUUGGGUUGUUUUGGCGACUUGGUUGUCGUCGAUGUCGCAAGAUGUGCAUGGAAAUAAAAGCCCGGAACAACACGCCUCCACUGAU